ACAAUGCAAACCCUUGAACAAACGCAAAGUGCAGCCAUCGGCCCAUCGGAACGAAGAGAGAGAGAGAGAGAGGAUCUUAUUCGAUUUCCCUCAAUUUCUUCAGCCGAAAUUAUACUCAGCGCAGAGGAAUAGUGAGAGAAUUUAUAGAGAGAGAAGAGGAGGAGAGAUGUGGGUAUUUUACCUGAUAUCGCUUCCGUUGACAUUGGGCAUGGUGAUAUUCACGUUGAGGUACUUCGCUGGUCCGGAAGUACCUCGAUACGUGCUCUUCACCGUCGGAUACACCUGGCUCUGUUCCAUCUCUAUGAUCAUCCUUGCCCCCGCCGACAUUUGGACGACAAUAAUUGGUUCUCAAAAUGGAGGCAUUGAUUUCUUUUGGAGUUGGUCAUAUUGGAGCACGUUUUGGCUUACUUGGGCUGUGGUGCCCCUUAUUCAGGGUUUUGAAGAUGCUGGAGACUUUACUGUGACAGAAAGGUUGAAGGCUAGUAUACAUAUGAACUUGCUAUUCUAUUUAAUUGUGGGAUCUGUUGGUCUUUGUGGACUCAUUCUCCUUGUCAUUAUGGGCAAAAUUCGGCAUGGAGGUCUAUUGGGUUUAGCUAUGGCAUGCUCGAAUACUUUUGGACUUGUUACGGGUGCAUUUCUUCUUGGUUUUGGUUUGAGUGAAAUCCCAAAGACCAUUUGGAGAAAUUCUGAUUGGACCACUCGGCAGAAGGUUCUUUCUCAUAAAAUUGCGAAAAUGGCUGUGAAACUUGAUGAUGCCCAUCACAAAUUAUCAAAUGCCAUUGAAGUGGCUCAGGCAACUUCCAAGCAGAUGUCCAAGCGAGAUCCUUUGAGACCUUGCAUGGAUGUUAUUGAUAAUAUGUUAGUUCAAAUGUUCAGGGAAGAUCCAUCCUUCAAACCUCAAGGUGGACGAUUAGGAGAAAAUGAUAUGGAGUAUGAUACAGAUGACAAAUCGAUGGCAACGCUCAGACGCCAUCUUCGAGGAGCUAGAGAGGAGUAUUAUCGUUAUAAAAGUGAGUAUAUGAAAUAUGUCAUGGAGGCCCUUGAACUAGAAGAUAUAGUUAAGAACUAUGAACAGCGCAGUGCGACUGGAUGGAAAUUCAUUUCCAGCCUUAAACCUGCUCGAACUGGAAAAUGGGGCCCUAUUUUUGACACAACGGAAUUAAUCUGGCGAUGUAUCCUCAGUAAGCAACUUGAGAAGAUUUUUGCCAUCUUUCUUGGUUGCAUGUCAGCUGCUAUCCUAUUGGCCGAGGCAACACUACUGCCUCGUGGGGUGGAUUUAUCUCUUUUUUCAAUUCUUGUAAGAUCUGCAGGAAAGCAAGAGGUGCUCGUGCAGGUCUUUGCUUUUGUUCCCCUGAUGUAUAUGUGUGUCUGCACAUACUAUUCAUUGUUCAAAGUUGGCACGAUGAUGUUUUACUCACUUACACCGAGACAAACCAGCUCAGUCAGCUUGCUCAUGAUCUGCUCGAUGGUUGCUCGUUAUGCUCCUCCAAUUUCAUACAAUUUUCUCAAUCUCAUUAGUCUGGAUGGAAAGAAAACUACUUUUGAGGAGAGAAUGGGGACCAUCGAUGAUGCCGUCCCUUUCUUUGGGAGCGGCUUUAACAGAAUCUAUCCACUUAUAAUGGUUAUGUACACUCUGUUGGUUGUCAGCAAUUUCUUUGACCGGGUAAUUAAGUUCUUUGGGAACUGGAAGAUAUUUAGGCUCCAAACAGAUGCAGAUGAUACAGACGGUUUUGAUCCAUCAGGAUUACUUAUCUUGCAAAAAGAACGGACUUGGUUUGAACAAGGGCAUAAAGUUGGUGAGGAGGUUGCACCAUUAGCUAGGAGUUUCAACAGUACGAGCUUUGAUGUGGAAUCUGGUGGCAACAACACGGAUAUGAACGUUGUGGAACUGAAGGCAACCGCCAGUAUAUUCAAGGAGGAUGUGAAGGGAAGCUCUUCAAAACCUCCGAAGGAUGAGGUUAAUAGAUACAGCGGGAGCCACGACGCCAUCAGUAACAAAUAUGCUGCCAUUAGGGAACAGAGUAAACAAACAUCUAAAAUCAAGCCCGUAGACAACAUUGCCUCCACUAAAGUCUCCUUGCUAGAAGCAGAGAAUUCUCAAUCUGGAGAUGCAACCGGAGUCCCAUCUUCUGGUUUAGCUAUGAAAUGGGCAUCCGUGAAAUCAGGUUUCCAGAGUUUCAAGGCAAAAGUGGAGGCCAAGAAAUUCACUCCCCUGCGCCAACUUCAAGAUAAUGUGCUUCUCUCUCGUGCUUCAUCGCAAUCUCUUACACUUCUCGAUCGGGUUUCUUCAUCGCAAUCUCUUGAUGAAAUAUUUCGGAGGCUGAAACGACCAAGUUUGGAGCGUGGGAAUGAUAGUGAUGAAGAUGAAGAUGGAACAGAAAUCGGGAGGUCAGGGGCCUAAGCAUGAUGAUCGGUUACGUCUUGUUGUAAAGAUUGGGAAUGGGACUUUUAAUCCCCCCAAGAUGUACAGGUCCCGUGAACAGUUGACGGAAGAUCUUACGGAUCAUUUUGGCAGUUGAUUCUGCUGACCUAGCUUUAGCCUUUGGGGGAUUUCUUCAUUUUCCCCUGGAAACUGUACAUUGAUAAACCAAAACUGAUUGAAACUCCUAGAGAAUAGGAGCGGGAAAUGCAAUAGUUCCUGUCUAUACAAAAAUUUGUACCGGCUUCUACGUA